AAGCCAGAGUACUGGCUAUACACAAGCGGGACUGGAAUCCUUAUCUUCGAUGAUACCGAUAAAAAUAAUUACAGCAACAGGAGUAAUAAGAUCUAUAAUGACUGGGAAAGCAUAGAUAAGUUAUUGAAUCUCGCCGACCAUACCUUCCAUCGCAAUAUCGACCAGCUCGUCCUGGAAGCUGGUGCCAAGCAUACAGAUAUGCUCAAACUUGCUCUGGUCUGCCCUCCAACGAUCUACGGCAAAGGAAGAGGACCCGUCUCAGGACGCGGACGACAAGUCUACGAGCUAGCAAAAGUGACGCUCCAAUUGAAGAAGGGACCGAAAUACGUUAUCUACUGCGGAUACUAA